GUUUGCCCACAUUUCAACUUUCUCUUCUCCAUAUAAUCUUAAAUGAUUCUUUUGUGUUUGCAUUUCCAUUAACCUUUCAAGAAAGAAAAUAUUUCAUUUUUAUUUGUUUUCCAUUUAAUCAUAUAUCAGUUGAAGCAGGUCCUAUAGCUUAAAACAGAAAAAAAAAAUUACAAAUGGCAGGAGUUUUUCUUGCUCAUGACUGAAUUUGCCUUAUUUUAAUCAGCUGUCUUUUCGAACAGGUUUGCUUACCAUCAAUAGUAGAAGAAUUCCUUAGGGUGGCAGAAACCACAUGUUUAUUUAGUUUCCCAGACAACAGUGCCCCUAUUGGUAGUGGUGUAUUUGAGUCGGAACUUUCAAUGGCAUUUGGUGGGAAUCAGGGGCUUGAUUCGUUCUUCCCAUUCGACCCUUGUUUGCUAAAGAAAUCUGACAGGUUUAUCAGGCCAAACUUCAUAUACUGGUCCAUGGUUAGAAAUACUUAUGAUGAGGUUGAGGAUGACGAAUGCACUAGUGAUGAAGAUGACGUCGAAGUUUGCAUUCCCGGGAAUGGCAUGGACAUAGUUGAUGGAGCUCCCCGGAGUUCUCAGGGCGACGUAGGGGAUCUUGACGAAUUUGAUUACAACCUGAACAAGAUGUCUAUAACUCCAAAAAGUACAUUACUUAAACGCUUUGGAGGUGAACAAGCUGGUUUGCAGAUGCCAUCGAGAAUCCGACCUUGUCCUGAAUCUUUGUGAUGGACCAUAAUCGCUUUUAUCCUGCAGCUGAAGAUACCAAAACAUGAGAAUCACAUAUUCACCUGUUCUUCAGUUUGCUAGAUUCAUAUGCCGGAAGAAAUUUGUGUUGUGAGUAGGUAAUUGUAAAAUCUAUAGUGUAAUAGGAGCUUCAAUCUUAUAGUCUCAAUUUUGUGGUGUAGGGAAUUCUUCUGCUCCAUGUAUUCUGGGCUACCUAUAUUUUCAUGUAACCUUGGUUUUGGUGAGUAAUGUUACAUAUAAUGCUACUUCAAAAAAAUUACGGAAUAA